AUGUCUUCCUUCCUGAGCCCGGCAAAGAAGGCCGUGGGCGGCGCGCCGAAGCCGCGGUUCGCCAAGCCCAACCCCGUCCGGGCCAUGCGUGAGCGCGAGGAGCGUCGCCAGGCCGCCGUCCGUCAGUCGCGAGCCUCGGCCUCGGCCGACAGGAACGCGUCCGUCGCCGCCCCGGCGCGGCAGCAGUGUCCCAACAAGGCCUGCCCGAGGCCCAAGGUCGUCGACGGCACCUGCCAGACCUGCGGCCGCGUCGCCGACGACAGCAACAUCGUGGCCGAGAUCCAGUUCGGCGAGACGUCGUCGGGCGCCGCCAUGGUCCAGGGCUCCUUCGUCGGCGCCGACCAGGCCGGCGUCCGCAGCAUGGGCCCCGCCUUUCGCCGGGUCGGCGGCUCCGAGGACAGGGAGAAGAGCAUCCGCGAGGCCCGCGGCCUCAUGCAGGGCUACGCCCAGCAGCUCAACGUCAGCGAGAGCCUCGUCACCGCCGGCACCCAGGUCUUCAAGCUCGCCUCGGGCGCCAACUUUGUCCAGGGCCGGACCCUCGCCAGCGUCGCCGCCGUCUGCCUCUACGCCGCCUGCCGGGCCGAGCCGCCGUGCAAGGUGAUGCUCAUCGACCUCGCCGACCUCGUCCAGCUCAACGUCUUCAAGCUCGGCCGCAUCUUCAAGAAGCUCAACGAGGUGGUGCCCAUCGGCAACGAUGGCCUCAUCCCCGUCUACCCCGAGGACCUCAUCUGGCGCUUCGCCACCAAGAUGGAGUUUCACCAGGACACGGCCAAGGUGGCCGAGGACGCCGUCCGCCUCGUGAAGCGCAUGAGCCGCGACUGGAUGGUCAUGGGCCGUCGCCCGUCGGGCAUCUGCGGCGCCUGCCUGCUCAUGGCCGCCCGCAUGCACAACUUUCGACGCACCGUCCGCGAGGUCGUCUACAUCGUCAAGGUGACCAACCACACCAUCCAGAAUCGCCUGCAAGAGUUCAACCACACCGAGUCCAGCAACAUGUCGGUCGAGGACUUUCUGAAGCAGGACUUUCUCGAGAGCUCGCACGACCCGCCGUCCUUUUACCGCAAGACGGACGAGUACAGGCGGACGUCGGAGUCGUCGCGCAAGCGCAAGCGGUCCGACGCCGCCGCCCGGGGCCCCGACGACGAGGCGCGGGAGGCCGAGCGGGAGUCGGAGGCGGCGAGACGGCAGCGACGCGUGACUGAUUCGGGCGCCGAUCUGUCCCAGGCGCCGGCCAUCAAGUUUCGCCGCGACGACGACGGCUUCAUCAUCCCCCCCCUGCCCUCCCAGAUCCCGCCGGACGCGCCGGCCGUCGUCGAGGAGGAGGACGGCGAGACGCUCGACCGGCUCGCCGACGAGUUCGGCGACGCCCUCGAUGACGAGCUCGACGGCGGCGGAGACGCGCGCGCGCCGCCCGGGUCCGGCAAGGGCAAGGAGACGGCCAAGGGGGGCCAGCUGCCCAUCAACGACGAGUGGGAGCAGGACGAGCAGGAGCUCGAGGGGCAGAUUGAGGAGAUCUUCAACGACCCCCUGACGUACGAGCACGCCCUCGCCUACUCCAACGCCGAGCAGCGCGCGCGCAUACACACGAGCUGGGCGCUGAAGCAGCGGCCGCGCAAGGAAGUCUCGAUGACGGCCGACAUUGGCGAGGACGAGUUCGCCGACGACCCCGAGGUCAUCAACUGCUUGCUGUCGCCCGACGAGGCCCGCAUCAAGGAGCUCAUCUGGGUCAACCAGAACAAGGAUUGGCUGCGCAAGACGCAGGAAAAGGUCUUUCUCAAGAAGAUGGAGGCCGACCGGCCGAAGCAGACGCGCCGACGGCGGAAGCGGGCUCGCAUGGGCGAGGGCCAGACGAGCCCGGCCAACUCGGCGGCCGAGGCGGCCAUCGGCGUCGCCAAGGACAGGGCUUGGUCGAAGCGCAUCAACUACGACGCCAUCCGCAGCAUCUUUGACCUGCCCAACGCUGGCCUCGGCUCCGAGGCGACGAGCCGGAAGACGAGCGUCGCCGGCAGCACGCGCGGCGGCGACGAGGGCGAUGAAGAGCCCGAGGACAGCAUCGCCGGCGACGUCGAGGGCGGCGACGACGACGUCGAGGAGCCCGACGAGGCCGAGUACGGCGACGACGACGAGUUUGGCGGCGGCGGCGGCGGCGACGAGUUUGGUGGCGGCGAGUUUGACGGCGGCUACGACGACGACAAUGGCGACCUCGAUGCAGAGUACGGGCUCGAGGAUGACGAGUAG